UACGCUUCUCCAGUAAGCCUUACAGGACAGCGAGUCACUCGUGUGUUCCUUCAAGUGAUAUUGUUAGUAGCGCGCAAGGUUAGAAGGAAGGUUUUUGAAAACUCUCUUUCCAAUUGGACACUCUGCGCUCGCUUGUUUGGGUAUCAUUUGCAAUUUUCGCAUGCUGAGCCAAUUGCGGAUCUCUUGAUCUCGAUUCAAGUGCGUGCAAGACACCUGUAUUAGUUCCCGAAGCGUCGCCUCGCGUCCACGCCUGCAUCAUACUUCCGUCCCGUUGUUGUUAGUUCCUUGCUUGCCUAUUCCUCCUGCGUCGCUUCAUAUUCGUCCGACUCCUUGAAACUCCUUCAAUGCGCUAUGCGGCGAAUGUCACCGAAUGCCACAGAAGGUCAACGGAAAAGAAGAACGCAACGGAUCGAUGGUGCAACUGUUUUGUUUUGCCCUUUCAGCACCACAACAACACACCGGCAGCAGCAAGCAGGCUGACCUACACGCUGACAGCCGCCAACAGCAGCUGCAACGUCGAUACAACGAGCUGCAGAAACAGUUGAACGGAAUGAAACCAACUAAAUCGGGCGGCAGUGGCCCCGUAGUUGCCGUUAUCACGUGUGAAGAGGAUCGUCGGCAGAUAAAUGAGAAGUUGGCCCAGCUGCUCGAGUGCUUACCUGGACCGGUACAACCAUCCGAGCUACUCGCGUGCUCGCUCGACGAAGGAAUGUCCACUGUGUGGGACAAGUUUACCGAUGAAGCCCUACCCGGUUUGUUGGAAGAUUUGGUUCAUCUAUUGGAUGAUUUAGAAGAACCGUUACUAAACCGAUUGGUUCAACUCGAUGCGAACUUAUCGUUUCCACUCGAAACUAUCAACAUGCUUACGAAAGCGGCGACUGCCACGCACCAUGGUCGCAACCGAGUCCUGAAGCUACUGAUCCGGCUGCUGACAGAUGAGUCCGUAUUACCGGCGGCGUUCAUUUAUGAAUCUCAAAGAUCCAAAGCAACUGAAUCCUGUUCACCGCAACAUUCCCUAGUGCAGCUACUCGCUGCGAUUCCGAGUCGGAUUGCAAACGUACUGAGGGAACGAUUACCGGUUGAGCUGCACCCUCGAGAGUAUGGCCGAAUUAUGUUAAGACAAUUCCUUCGAACCAUCGCAACGAUUGGCGAGCUGGUGAAGUUUUACGGCCCAGCAACUGUACUUGCACCCACUGGUCCUAUUGGUCCAGCAUUUUUCUCGUCGCUUUUAAGCAAGCUCGUGAUUGAUUUCAAUGAAGAUCGUCAAUCACCGGCAUUAAAGGCGUCGCUGAUCCUACUUCUUCGUAAUAGUGGCGGUAGCUUGGGCGACCUCUCGGACAAGGAGGCAUCGUUGGCACAUUUUAACCGUUGUAUAGUUACCGGGCUAAGCGCAUCGGCCGUUGAAAUCGUUGCUUUAAUAGCACUCCGGGAACGCAUCGAUCUGCUGUCAGUAUUCCGCGAUGGCACCAAUACCGAAUCGGCGAUCAAAAUACCCGUUAGCUGGUCAUACGUGUUACUUCAAAAGAUCCCACUGUACAACUAUUACAAAAGUGAGGUCAUAAUCGAAGAGCUAGUGCAUUUGUUAGCACGGAUUUCGAGUAAAUCACAUACCAAGAACGGCGCGUCCACAGUACUGGAGCAGCUUAUGCAGCAGCUGUUGGUGGUAUGGUCAAGCCGGACCUCCAUUCAGCGCACCAGUUUUGAACAGCACAUUUACGUUACGAAAUUACUCCUGCUUUCCGUGGCAUACUGCUGCACGGGGCAUCGACAGAUAGCUAAGCAGACCCAACAAAAGGAAGCAUGUCGGCGCCUACUAUUCGAUGGGUUCCAGGUACAUCUCGAGUCGCCGAUGAAGCAGAUGCGCUGUACAGGCAUGAUCACGGCCGAGGUGAUCGAGGGCCAAUUUAAUGCCGGCGAUACGACUAUGGGGCGUUUACAGUUCGAGUACGACGAUUUCGAUGCGGCAACGAAGGCGUUGAUCGAGCAGUUGCGAACAUUCGGUGAUCGGUGUCGUCCAACGGAUGACAUCAUCGAGGCAGAGACCCUAGAACGAAUUGAUUGGGCAGCAGAAUUGUUGCUCUCACCCAUUGAAAAAGAAGAGUCGGAAAGAGCCGAAGCGAGACCUAUAGCUGCAAGCACUCAAAAACCAACCACAAAUCCCGUGCAGGACAGUGACGAUGAUGAUGACGAUGCUGUUGAUGCGCGGAAGCAAAACCAGAAAGUGGUACAGCGGGAUCUGGCUGAUCCCGUGGAACAGCUCGACUCUGACGAUGAUGAAGAUCUACCGGCGUACGAUAUGUCAAACGAUACCAAGAUCGAUGUGGAACGCCAUCGUCCCAGAUAUUUGCUCGAUUUACGUGACACGCUGGUGGACCCGGAAGCCGUUAACCAACAACCGGAGCGAUUCGAAAUGGCCAUGGAAGCAGCACCGGAACUGAUAGCCCAACAGCUACCGCACAACGCUGAUGCAAAGCUAGCACAGGAACUUCUCCAACUGUUUCUGGUUCUCGAAUGCCGCACCCAUAUGCCCACGUUUAGCGAGCGUAAGUUUGCUGCUCUGGUAGCGAUCGGUGUGGCUUUCCCGGAGCAGGCGGCCACCUUUCUCUGUAGUGAGUUUCACGCCGAGGUAGGUCGACAUAACGUAAACCGCCGAAUCUUCAUGCUCGAUGUCCUGGCCGAAACUGCUAAGGUACUGUCCAACGUUCGACCAUCUGCCGCGGUGCCUAGCGAUGAGACGCCGUCGGACCCAAAGCCAACCCAGAGGCCAACUCAAAAGCUGUUGCUCAUGUUCCGCGAUGAAGCCGAACAGCGCACCAAGCACGAGGAAGCGGAACGAAUACUUCGAGAGCGGCUUGAACGCAAAACGAGACGCUUCGGUAGCCGGAAGCGGCAGAAGACGGCAGAACAAGAGCGCGAACUGGUGAACCGGUACGCUGACGUGGCGGGUUACUUCUUCUUCCCGCUACUCCAGGGAUUCGGUGGCAACCGGUUUAUCUUCACAGCGGGACUCAAAUUCCCGUACGACGCCGAGAACCUACUGCUUGUAAGCUUCCUACAGACACUGGCCGUGCUGAUGGUAUGCGCCGAGAACUGUCCAAUCGCACCGCGUAUGGUACGGGAGGUGUUUGCACUUGCCAGCCUGCUUCGGUACAGCGAAGAACCGCGUGUUCGUCUGGCGGUACUGCAGCUUCUGGCAGCCAUCUUUCUCGCGAUGAAGUCUGCGGGUUCUCUACUUAGGCAACAGUUUGAACGGGAAUUGUUGGAGUUACGCGAAUGGCUGGAACAAGAUUGCAUCCAGCUGGACGUGUUACGUCGUGGAGAACCGAACGAGGAAUGUCGGGAGCUUGGACGCCAUGUUCUCACCAUGUGCUACGAUGCAUUAACGACAACCGAAACAGAGAACCCACCGUAGAAGGGAGGGAGGGGACGUGUCCGCAAAACGGUGAAGCACGUUGCAAUGAAUUUCACAUAACAGUAUUGAUAAGGCAUUAAAAUGGAAAACGAAAACCGAAAAAAAAACGUGCCAAUCCUACUCUUAUUGAUUGCUAUUGGGCCUGGUUCGCAAAGAAUGAUGUCUAUUUGCUAUUGGCCGUGUCUUUGGUGGUGUUACGAAGAUUAGAUUUGAAUUGCUUUAUUAUUAUUGUGAAACUGUACUACUCGCUGGGAAGAUCUAGGAUCCCGAGCCUAAAGGAUCCGAGACCUCCGAGAAUGGUGUUGCGAUUGCCGAUCUUAGAAGGGAGGGACCUACAUAAUGCAGAGGGGACUACUGCUGCUAAUGCUGCUGUGCGCCCUUAACGAACCAUCUCGCCACACUUGAAGCACUUACAGUCGACCGGUUCCUUGAGGCGGAUUUCCAUCGUAGCCGACUCGUGAUCGGUCAUCCGCACACCGUCCGGAUCGUAGCAGUGUGUCAACUGAAGCUGCCGUUCGCGCAAGAACGACUCCCGGCAGCAGUAGCACUCCUUGAGGAAGCCGGUUGCCGUAAUGACGGAUGGUUGUACCUGGCUGUUGCAUUUACCCUCGCACUUGUUCACCGUCACAUCACCGUUGCACGUCCGGUACAAUCGG